AGAGAGCGAUCAACUUCAGAAGAAGCCAAGGUGGCAUCAGGAGGUUGUGGCAAUCCCAACCCAGCCAUCACGUUUGUCUUCUGCACUGGCCUCAUCUAUGUCUGCGGGUCAUUCCCAAAGGAGUGGGAAAAGCAGCAUUAUCAACGUCUGCCGGAAAAGAAAGCGCCAGAAACUGCAGAAGAAGCGGAAAUUGGAUGAGGAGGAUGCCAGACAUGAUUAUGAAGACACCUCUGGCCCUAAUGUAACUCUGCCAGCAAGUUACAAACCACUUCGUUCUCUUAAAUUGCCCAACUCAGUGUUUAGUGAUGAGGGCGAAUCAAAGAGAGAUGAAAGCAACGUCCUCCGUGACCCGAAGAAAAGAAAAAGUCCUGACCAACUGGACAGCGAGCAUCCAGAGAAGAAGCAGCGCUUCAACCCAGUCGAUGGACUUCCAUACACACAAGGUCAUUUGCUGGGUGAAGGUGGAUUCGGAUCGGUGUAUGCUGGAAAUCGCAUAUCUGAUGGAUUGAAAGUUGCCAUCAAGUACGUCGCGAAAGACCUGAUAGAUGAGCAGAUAGAAGUGGUAAGUUCAAUCUGA